AUGACUGCUACCGCUGCAACCCAGGAAGAGCUGCUUCUGCACUCCAAGUCAACGCCCCGAGUUAGAAUCAGAGCGAAGGGAGUAUCCAACCGCACGCCCCCAGAAGAGACCAAGGACUGUAUUGAGGUUGCCGGAAACUGCACACCUAUGGCUUCUCGUAAGCGCGCACCGGUGAACUGGAGUCCAAGAAGUUCAGACCAAACCGCGGACAACAUCACAGUGAAUCCCCAAAGCCUCGGCGCAUCGCAGACUUUUGCUGCACCUCGACCUCCGACUGUAUCGCGAGCUCUUGCCGCACCCCAGCCCUUUGCUGUACAGCAACUUCAUGCUGCAUCACAGCGAGAUGCCGAUAGUCCCAUCUAUGACCUUACGGCACUUCCCCAGCCAGCUCAUUUUCCAGUCGGCACACAGCCGUCCAGCAGACCACCCUAUGAUCUCUCACCUAACGCACUGGCUAGUAACCAGAAUCGUUGGGGUCGACGCCAAAACUCCAAGCAGAAUAAACAAGAUGCGUCGAAGGCUCCAAAGGUUGCCCAGGUGUCCAAGAAGUCUACCACUCAACUCAAGCCGACUAGGAAACAUGAUCGCAAUGGUAUAAACAACGAAGACUCUACCGAACAUCGCUUCAUCACCACCAAUCUUGCAAGCCAGCAGAUCCCCUCAUUCGAUCCGCAAUCUAUCACCCGACGCCCUCCAGCAAUAAGCCCAUCUCAAAUGUCGGACCCAGACAUAUACCUCAGCUACCAGAUUAACAUGAGUCGGCAUCUGGCGUAUAAUGGCGUACCCGGACCAUAUCUCAUCGGCCACUUCCUCUGCGACCUCCACCUUCCAAGCACACAGCUUGUUAAGCUUGCUGUUCGUGAGGUUGAUCCUCAGGGUGAAGCAUACUGGCGACACCUAAUAACAGGAGCUCGUCUAGAGCCUGGAGAUGAAUCAACGAUCGCAGGCAAGCCCGUGGCACUGAGCAAUGGAUCGUUCCAGUGGCUCGAGGAUGAACGUGGUCGAAUGAUCAAACCCAAGUGGAGGUUCAUUCAGCCUCCGAAAAGCGAGAAAGUCGAAGUACCCCAAACUCCCCAGAUUCUUAGGACCAGGGACCGGGGUCAGCAGCAGCAAGUCGACCAAGUCUAUCCUGGACUUAGGCCUGGUUGUAAUCCUCGGUUGUCUUCCUAG